AUGGGUUGUUGUUCAGUUAAAUAAAAAGACACCAAGAAAACAAUUAGAGACGCGACUCCUGAUCUUAUUUAGAAUGAAUAAAGAGGGGAAGUGACAUACGUUGGCAAGAAGCCCAAAGACAUUAUAGAUGAGAGUGAUACGGACGAUCUAAUGAUUGCAUGCAAAAAUAACAACUUUGCUUUGGUUGAGGCUCUAUGCUUAAAAUUUAAGAUCAUUAACGUCUGUGAAGUUAGAGGUCUUCUAGGUGAAUUCGAAUUACUUAAGCGUGAAAAGUAUAACCUGAUAUAUUGGAAUAUGAUAUUGGUUUCAAUAGCGUUUGAUCAUCUCCAUGCACUUUAGUUUUUUACAAAAAAGCUGCAGUGCCAUCUUAGAGUUAGUUUAAGGUCACCUCCAGUACUUGGCUUCUCCAAAAUGUAAGAAUCUAGCCCUUAAUCAUCAGAGUCAUUUUCAUUACUAGCAGCAAUAAAUAUUCGAAGUGAGUAGUGUUUGAAAUACCUUUGGAAUGACUUAAGACUUCUCUGGGAUAGCUACCACCUUUUAUUUGUUAUAGAGGAAACAGCUUCUCAUAAAUUCAUAGAGGGUAUCAAAAUAUUAAUGGGCAGUUAAACAGGCUAAGAAAUCUACUAAUCAAUGAGAGUCUAAGAAAAGAUCAAAUUUUUGACAGAGUUAAUCCUUUACAAGCAGGGUAAAAGAACUCUUGAGGUAAAAGAAGCAAUUAAAGAAGAAUUAGAGAAGCAUCCAUAUGCCACAAUGUCUCUGUUUGUCUUAAUCAAUGACACAAAGAAUGGAUUCAAUGUAAAUUAGUCUCAUUUGGAAAAAGCUUUGACAAAUAUGGAUGCAUCUGAGUAUGCAAAGUUUAAAUACUGCAAAGCUUUAUAAGAGUACAAUGAGCAAGUAACCAAAAAAGUAAAUGAAUAUACAACUUAAGAAGAAAAUACUGCAAUGAGAAAAUUUGGAGAAGCGUUUAGACAGAAAUUAGAGUCAUUAGAUGGUGAAAUAAUCAAACUUAAAAAUAGCUUUACUAAUGCAUAGGAAUAUGAUGAGUAAUUAAUAAAGCUCUUUGAAUUGACAGAGUCGGGAGAUCUGUAAAAUUUUGUUAAAAAGAUACAAGAAAACGAUAUUCGAGUCUUUAAAAGAAAAAGAUUAGAGACAGUAAAGUUGACAACAUCUUUUGCCAUUAAUAGAUAUAGCUACUUCACACCACUAAUUCAUGCGAUCUAAAACAGACAUUUACCUAUUGUGACUUUUAUGAUGGAAAAAAUGAAAAUUGGCCUUAGAUAAGCUCUUUGCCUUCAAUUUAUCGAUAAUGAGGAAAACUUUAUGACUCAAGAUAUUAAUGAAGAAUACCAAGCAUAUUCCCUAUUAUGCGCUUGUGCUAAUAAAGAUGAGUAAAUGCUGAGAUAUCUUUGGGAUACCCAUGGUUCCCAUCUUUGGACUGAAAGACAUUUUGAGCCAGUUAUGAGAUACUUAAUAGAAAGCGAAUGGUGCGAUGGAAUCAGAAUCAUGUUUAAGAGUGAAUUAACUAUCAAUAUGAUUAAAGCAUUCACCUCUGAGGAGAGAAGCUUUUUCAUAGAAAAUAUGAUAGGAGAUCUUUUUAGUCUUGAAAGAUAGGCUGUUGCUAGGACUCUAAAAGAAGAACUUACUCAAAGACCAUAUGCAGGUCUGUUCAUAGUUUAUAUGAUUAAUGAGUUUGAAAACCUAAGCGAUGAAGAUUUUUAAUUUUGGGAGAUUGCUUCUGAAAAUCUCUAUGUGACUGAGUUAAAAUUACUUUCAAAGACAAAUCAAAGCAGGUUCAGUUAGUUUAUCCUAGAUUUUAUGAUUAAAAGAAGAGAUGAUAAGGUUAAAGCAUAUGCAAUCAAGUUCAUUGAUAAAUUGAGAGAGCUCCCUGAAUAUGAGCCAAUUAUUUUAGAGGGAUCAGAAGAUGCAGUUCAACUUGGGGAUGAAGAGAUUAAAUUUUUCAAAAAAGACAUUACUGAAUGCAAAGUUAAUUACAUCACUGAUAUCAUCAAGUACACUAUUACUGGAAAUGUAAAAUAAAUUGAAAAGACAAUAGAAUAAGAAAAACUGAGUGUUGCUGAAAUAUAUGAUAGCAGAGGAUUAGCUGUAAAAGUUUAUGAUUAUGAAGAAGCAAUGAUGAAUACAAGAGAAUGGAACCCAGUACAUUAUGCUAUUUUCUUUAGACAGCAUAACACUCUAAAUUACUACCUGAAUUAAAUGAAAGUCAAUUUAAAGAUUGCCAUGGACUAUUCUCAUACCUUCAAUGAGUUUAGAGAGGAUAAGACUUAUUGGGAUGUUAUAAGUGAUCGCACAUAUCUAUUUGGCAUGCUAUUAUCAAUUUGGACAAAGGAUGUAGAAAUGCUUAAGUCUAUCUUUGAGGAAAAGUUUCAUGAACUACAAAUCGAUGACUAAGAUCUACUAAGGUUACUAAAGCUUUCGAUUCAAGCUAAUUUUUCAAAGGGUUUCAUGGCGUUGCUAAAUUCUUAAAUUACUCACUUUAUCUUUACUAAUGCACCUCUAGACUCAAAGUAAGAGUUAGUAUAGUAUGUCUUAUCUGAUGCAUGCAUUGAAUCAAAAUGUAUCAAUUCAAAUAAAAUGGAAGAUUUGUAUAGAGAAGUCAAAGAAAUUUUGUGCCACUGGCCUUAUGCUUGCAUUACAUGGGUGUACCUUGACCCAAAUGACAGCUCAUCCAAUAGAUACAUAAAGCUAAUAACUGAAAAUUUUGACAUUAAAUGCAUGGAGACUUUAGCUAAUGUAGGCUAGUUAGAAAAACUAGAAAGCUAAAUCCUUCGACCUUAAAUUGGAAUAGAUUUCCUAGCAAAUAUCAAGGAUGAAGAAGAUAAAAAAAUGAUGGAGGAAAAGCAUAACGAAUACUAGCAAGAAAGAUAAAAGCAAUAAGAGCACCUUCAGCUUUUUAUCAGAAAAAUUGAUGAAUAAAGACAGUAGUCCACUUUGAUUAAAAGAAAUGAUUUAAGUUAAGCUUGUGAGGAUAUUGUAGAAUAAGUUCUUCUAGACACUGCUUUAGAUGCCUCAGAGAAGGAAUCUCGAUUUUUUAAUAUGAUAAGCAAGUUCAAGUUUCUUUAGUAUAUUCUGGAUUACACCAAUUUUGGAUUUUGGAGAAAGUAGACAAAAUUUUUUGAAAAAAUAGACAUGGAUAAAUUGAAUAUUUUGCACUGGGUGAUAUUCUACAACUAGCAUACAAUUUUGGAGAAACUGUUGCAUAAGAAGUAAAAUCUAUUUGACAAUUUCCAUUUUGGAAUGACUCUUGCCAGUGAUCAUGUAGAAUUUGACUACGAAUAUAAGGAUAAAGUAGACGAGCAGACAAAAGUCAUGAGAUUAAAAAAUUUAGGGAUCAUAGUAUGUAUUCUUAGGUAGAGUUACGAGAGUUGGGAAGUACUCUUUAAGUAUGGUGAGGAAAAACUGACAUUAAGUUUAUCAUCAUCGGAAAUACUUGAUGUUGCAUUAUUGAUUAGUAUGGAAAACUGGAAGCAAGGACUUAAUCCAAUAGUAACUUUAAUUGAAACUGCUUUUCUCAAAGUAUCUUUGAUUAAGAGAAUCGAUUUCAUCCAUAAGCUAAUUAGAAUAAAGACAGACUGCAUAAAGGAUGUAAUCAGAAUACCUAAAAUCCUUACUUUUGUUGAGUGGAUGUAUGAGAACCAUAAAACUUAGGAGUAGCUGAAUCUCAACCCAUAAAUCAAAACUCUUUUGCCUUCAUACCAAGAGAAUAAAGAGAUUGAAUUAAUAAAGUUAGGCUUCCUAGCCAGACUAAAACCUGCAGAAGUCUAAGCUAACAUAAAUAGUGAAACACAUUAAUAAUAGAUCCUUCCAAAUGAUAUUAUCGAUUUGAAUGAUAUCAAAAUAAUUGAGAAAAAAUAGCCACCUUAAUAAGUCAAGCCAGUAGAUGCAUCACAUGAAAGUAGUGCUUUUAAAAUUAAAAAAGGAAGCUAAAGUGAAGUAGACCCAGCUGAAGCAGACAGCGAUUGA